AUGUCCGCAGCGACCCGUUACGGGGCUCUUUGCAGGGCGGAGCUGAGGCUGGAGUAUCUGCGUGCAAACUCCGCUACACAUGACUUUCUGUUUGGAGCGGUCGCUGAACUAAUCGACAACUCCCGAGAUGCUGGUGCCACCCGGCUUCACAUCUUUACUGAGAAUAACGAGACCCUGCAAGGUGGAUUUAUGUUUUGCUUUUUGGAUGAUGGAUGUGGCAUGACACCUCGAGAGGCUACGGAUCUUGUGUAUUUUGGAAGAUCUUCUAAGCGGACCAUGUCUACGAUGAUUGGACACUAUGGCAACGGACUUAAGUCAGGAACCAUGCGAAUAGGAAAAGACUUCAUAUUAUUCACCAAGAAAGAGAGUACCAUGACAUGCCUUCUUUUCUCUCAGACAUUUUGUGAGGCAGAAGGUCUCACUGAGGUCAUCAUUCCAAUACCUUCAUGGUCAAGUACUACAAGAAAUCCAAUAAUAGAUGAUCCUGAGAAGUUUGCCAUACAGUUGUCCAUCAUUUGUAAAUAUUCUCCUUUUAAGAGUGAAGCUGAGCUGAUGAAACAGUUUGAUGCUAUCUGCGGGGAAAGGGGAACUCUGGUGGUGAUAUACAAUUUGAAACUCAUGCUCGAUGGUGAGCCAGAACUUGACAUUCAAACAGAUGAAGCGGACAUAUUGAUUGCCGGAGAAGAUCAAAACCUUCCAGAGCAGUGGUCGCUGAGGGCUUAUUCAGCUCUUUUGUACUUCAAACCACACAUGAGGAUAUUCAUUCAAGCCAAGAAAGUAGAAACCAAACCCAUGCCGUACUGCUUUUAUAGGCCCAGGAAAUAUCCAUAUAUCUCACCAUUCAAAGAAGUUGCUACAAAAGAACCAAAAACAGCAGAAAUGGAACUGAAUUCUGCUAAACGUGCUGCGAAGGAAGCAAAGGGCGGACAAAAACAUUUGCAAGACUCUUUUUUGCAUGAACACAGUGAGGUUGCAGAAUGGGAUGCUGUGGGGAGUGACAAAAGAAUAAGGAGCAAAGACAGACAAAGGCAACUGAAAAAAUCAAAAGCACUCUUCUUAAUAUUUGGAAUUAACAUUCAAGAUAGAAGUCGAGAUGGGAUGCUUAUCUACAGCAACAGUCGUCUGAUUCGGAUGUUUGAGAAGGUGGGACCGCAGAAGGAAUUGGGAUCUUAUUUAGGUGCUGGGGCUGUAGGGAUGGUUGACAUACCCUUAGACGUCAUGGAGCCAACUCACAACAAGCAGUCCUUUGCCAAUGUUAAGCAAUACAACCACUUGUUGAAAUCAAUGGGAAACUGUCUUGUCCAAUACUGGAAAGACAUAGGAAUCAGUCAAAAAGGAGAAAUAAUUUUCUGGAAUGACUUUGGCUAUCUGGGUGCCAGAUGGAAUGAGAAACCCUCAGAUAUAAUUCAGUACAAAAGAAGAAGGGCAGAGCAGAUUCCAAAUAUUGUUCAGUGUGAUGUUUGCCUUAAGUGGAGACUUGACACGGCUAUAAAUAAUGAAGGACAUCAUGACAUCUGGAGUUGCCCAGAAAAUACAUGUCAUGUUCCAGAAAGUUUGCUCUCUAUUCCUUUGGGCACUUUUCUCCCGUCAUCACGGUCACUGAAUGACAAAGAAAAACUACUUGUAGAUUCCAUCCAGCAAUGUCAAAGAAAGCAGAAAAACCUACCAUUGCAGAAAUUUUACUUGGCACAGCCUCUUACUGUUGUCCAGCAUACAGAAGCCUACAGAACUGUUAAGAAUAAAAAUGAAACCAUCAAGAAGACAGUGUGCCGGAGGAGAGCUUUUCACAGAGAUCCAUCUCCAGCCUCCAGCCGUUUGAUUAAGAACAGUGCAAAUAAAAGACCUGUACAGAAACCGAGCCUUCAAAAGCAGCCACCUGCAAAGCAAAAGUUGUGCGCUCGGAGGAAAUGGCACCCUCAUCAGGAAGCAAAACAUUGCCUUUCAAAGCCAGAGGAUAGGAAGAAUCACACUAUUUCAGUGCUGCUACCUCUUGAAGUACAAGAUAAUGAACAACCAUUGAAGAAAGAGCCUGAGUUCAUCAAAGUUGAAACAGAUACGGAGCCAGAAGCAACUUGUAUUAUAAUAUCUGACAGUGACAGUGAAGAUUUGCUGAAGUAUAAAGACUGUAAAGACUUUGCUUUCGUACACAAAGAUGAAGAAAAACAGGAGCAGUGUGACAUUCAGCUUAACCCAACAGCUUAUGUGACUCCCAAGGAAAAAGAUUUGUGUCAAACAGAUUCCAAAAGUGGUUCAACAGAGAAGUGUACAGAAGGCCAGGAAGAACAAGCACUAGUUGAUAGGCAGGACUCUGAGAUUUCAGUGCCACACACAUGGGUACCGUCCCAGAGAAGCCUUGAAAACAAAACGAUUGAAACAUUAACGGAUCAUAUAAAAGAGUUCCUGCUGUAUUUUUUACCUAAAUGCUCUUUUUCAAGAGAAUACCUUACUUGUAUGUCCACUGAAGAUAUUUUAUCUAUGUUCAAGCUGAAAGGGCAUUCUGAGCUGAAUGAGAACAUACCUCUAGAAAUCCAUCAGCAUUUUUUGCAAUAUGAAAGACAGCGCUUAGAAGAAAUCCACACUAUAAAUCAACAUAUCCUUGAACCUAUACAUGCCACUGAAGCUAAGAUUGGUCUGUGUGAGGUACAAGCAAAGACUGCUCAAGAAAGACUUAACCAUCUUCAGGAAAAUGUGGCACAACUUCUGUUGAAAAUUCAUCCACAUGUUCUUAUAAAUAAUCUGGAAGACAUUGAUGGCUACCUAGAAGAAAUUCGGAAUGAAGAACAUCUUUUGUGA